CUUUCCAGCGAUGAUAACAAUAAGACAUCAAAUAAUCGAAAGAAUGUGAAUAAAGGGGUGAAACGAAAGAAGGAUUCAUCGCUGGAAACAUCAAAAGAAGGCGUUGCUAUAAAUCCAACGUUAGAUUUGACAACAAAUAAUGGAAACAAGAAUCCGAAGAAAGCUAUUGAUUCGAGUCAUUGCAAUGAAACCAUUGAAAGCAUAGCAAUGGACUCACACUCACAUUCAUCGGCUGACUCGAGCGCAUCGGUUAACAACACCAUUGCCUCCGCUUUACUUAAUAGUAACGAAAAAUCCAAGAAAAAGAAGUCUAAAACCGCAUUCACUGGACGACAGAUCUUUGAUCUCGAAAAACAAUUUGAAAUCAAGAAAUAUUUACCGUCGAGUGAAAGGACAGAAAUGGCUAAACUUUUGGACGCCACUGAAUGUGUUAGAGAUUAUCUUUCCAGCGAUGAUAACAAUAAGACAUCAAAUAAUCGAAAGAAUGUGAAUAAAGGGGUGAAACGAAAGAAGGAUUCAUCGCUGGAAACAUUGAAAGAAGGCGUUGCCAUAAAUCCAACGUUAGAUUUGACAACAAGUAAUGGAAACAAGAAUCCGAAGAAAGCAAUUGAUUCGAGUUAUUGUAAUGAAACCAUUGAAAGCAUAGCAAUGGACUCACACUCGCACUCGUCGGCGGACUCUAACGCGUCGAUAGACAAUACGGUUGCCUCCGAUUCACUCAAUAGUAACGAUAAAUCCAAGAAAAAGAAGGCCAGAACCACAUUCACCGGACGACAGAUCUUUGAACUCGAAAAACAAUUUGAAAUCAAGAAAUAUUUAUCUUCGAGUGAAAGGGCAGAAAUGGCUAAACUUUUAAACGUCACCGAAACACAAGUAAGUCAUUAUUUCACACUUCGCUUUUAUGAUCACGUUUUUGCUGUUUUUAAUUAA